CCCUCCUGUCGAGACAGAGCACCCCUUCUCCUCCCCUCUCUUCUCUCUUCUCUCUCACUGAGUCUUGUAUUAAUAGAUUUCUGCAUAGCUUCCUUUUUCUCCUAUUAUCCUCUGAAAUCCCAAACUGUAAUUUAUCUGAUCUGCUACUUUUUUCUAUAAUUGCAUUUGCACUAGUUUAUGCAUGUAAAUGGCUUCAAUCUCUUCUAGUCCUCGUACUGUAGAGGAGAUCUUCAAAGACUAUAGCGCUCGCCGCACCGGCCUCGUUCGUGCUCUUACUUACGAUGUGGAUGAAUUCUACUCUCAAUGCGAUCCAGAAAAGGAGAAUUUGUGUUUGUAUGGACACCCAAAUGAGUCGUGGGAGGUGACUCUGCCAGCAGAGGAAGUUCCACCAGAGCUCCCAGAGCCAGCAUUGGGUGUCAAUUUUGCAAGAGAUGGGAUGCACCGCAAAGAUUGGCUUUCACUUGUUGCAGUGCAUAGUGACUGUUGGUUGCUUUCUGUGGCAUUCUACUUUGGUGCUCGACUUAAUCGCAAUGAAAGGAAGCGCCUGUUUAGCCUGAUAAAUGAUCUGCCUACCCUAUUUGAAGUUGUCACUGAAAGGAAGCCAGUAAAAGACAAACCCAGCAUGGACAGUGGAAGCAAAUCCAGGAACGGCACAAAGAGAUCAAAUGAUGGACAAGUAAGAAAUACCAAGUUACUUGAUGAAAGCCAUGCAGAAGAUGAAGAUGAGCAUGGUGAGACCCUCUGUGGUAGCUGUGGAGGGACUUACAGUGCUGAUGAAUUUUGGAUUGGUUGUGACAUAUGCGAGCGAUGGUACCAUGGAAAAUGUGUGAAGAUAACACCAGCCAAGGCUGAAAUGAUCAAGCAGUACAUAUGCCCAUCUUGCAGCACCAAGAAGCGAAGGCAGUAACAACUAACGACCAACGACCAAAGAAAACUGCUUCAGGAGGUGGUUAACCUCACUGUUUUGCACACAGAUGUUAUCGAGUUAAAUCACAGAUAGUUAAAUCCUUCGUUGUUUCCUUGUUUCUUUUUUCUUCUGAGGAUAAAAGGGUGUCUGGUCUUCUUGGUAUCAUAGUUUUUGAUCAAAGAUGUUACUUAGUGCCCUUCAAACUUCAUGGUCUUUACACUUCAAUGGCACAUCUUAGCUGGUUAUUACGGUA